AUGGUUGAUCCAUCUACGCCCUCCAUGUCGAACCCUGCACAAGGUCCUGAGAUAGAGGCCGAGUCUUAUGAAGAACAGAAUGUGCAUGAAGUGUAUCAAAAGAUUGCGGGUCAUUUCUCGGCGACUCGAUAUAAGCCAUGGCCCAUUGUGGAAAGGUUUCUCUCCAGUCUCGUCCCCGGAUCCGUGGGAUUGGAUGUAGGUUGUGGGAAUGGGAAGAAUUUGCAGGUGAAUCGUGACGUGUUUAUCGUUGCCUCGGAUCGAUCUGAGAAUUUAGCCAAGUUUGCUCUUCAGCACCACCCGCAUUCGGCUGUCGUGGCGGACAUUCUCCAUCUCCCUCACCGGGAUGCAUCUUUUGACUUUGCUGUCUGCAUCGCCGUGGUCCAUCACAUGUCCACCCCUGCGCGACGGGUGCAAGCCAUCGCGGAGAUUCUGCGAACCAUCAAGCGCGGAUCAGACAAGUCACCCGGUGGACAGAUCCUGAUCUACGCGUGGGCACUGGAGCAAAAGAACAGUCGUCGCGGGUGGGAUAAGGGCGACUCGCAAGAUUUGAUGGUUCCAUGGGUGCGCCGAGCCAAGCCUGGCUCGGGGGAGGAGGACGAGACGUUUCACCGGUACUAUCAUCUAUAUGAGAGUGGCGAGUUGGAACGUGACAUUGAGCAAGCGGGGGGAGUCGUGGUGGAAUCGGGGUAUGAAAAGGAUAAUUGGUGGGCGAUUGCGACGCCUCGGCCCGUUUCAUGA